UCAAAUUAAUUUUUCACGUGCAGUAGUGUUUUUUAUGAUACUCGUUGAUUAUGUUUACGUAAACGUGUGAAUCGACGAAUAUUCUACGUAUUUUUGAUUGUAAUAAUUAACGUAAUUACGUAACGAAAAAAAUGCGAGAAAUAAAAAACAUUUGAUGUUAAUACAGUGUGGGCGCUGGAUAGAAGUAUUCAGCCACUCAUCAGGAAGAAUAAACGAGAGAAAAACUUGAAACCAAGAUAAUUUUGAGCAACUGUGAUGGCGACGUUUGGCAUUUGUGGUCUAAUACUCUAUUGUUGUUGUACUCAGUUUUUGUUCAUCGAGUUGCACCACUGAUUGCGUGGUUGCCCGUCAUCGUUUUUCCAUGUACUAAUAAUACCUACCUAGAUAAUUACUUAUCUAAGAAGCGUGUGGAUAUUUUUAAAAUUUCCAACUGUAAGUCUAUUGUUCACCUGAAGCUCUACAGCUAUGAAUAAAAAAGUUCCAAUCGAUUAUGGCUGUACAGGUCAGCUCAGGAAAACUAAAAAAAAAAGCAAGAGAAGUACAGGUGCCCACAACCAUUGCUGCAGUGAUGAUAGAAACCGAGAUAAAGAUAGAGACAGUUAUGAGGCUAGCGAAGAUGAAGUGCCACAUGUAGCUCAUGUGCCUGCAAUGGAAUAUGCACCACCGGUGUUUUGGCAGCAGCCACAGAUGUCUCAGCAAACCCAGCAUCAUGCAACUAACAACGGGCAACGUCUCUUUGCAGCAGUAUCAGAUCCAAGUGUGUGUGGUUAUUCCGCGGUCCCAGUCACUUAUGCCAUGGAGCCAGUUUCUAUGUCUCCAAUGUAUCGCCUGUAUCAGCCAAUAGUCAAGCCAAAUUAUAGAUUGUACCGUGGUAGGACACGAUCGUCCCUAAUGCGCAUGCAAAAUGGACCACCCUGCAGCAAUGAUACUUUAAGGAAUGGGUACUCAAGUCUUCAAGAGAAUAGCUGGGACCAGUCCAUUCCCAUAGCUUAUCAAAAUGGAGAUUAUGCUAGUCUACCACCCAAUGCCAAUGUAGAUAAUAAGGACAACAGGCAAGAACUUAGCUCAGAGCAUAGGAGGUACUCUGACCCCGGCUUAGGACCUGCUGAGAAUUUACCCAUACAUUCAAAAAACAACGACGACAGUGACAGUGCAGCCAGUAACAGUUCUAUUACUACAAUCGACAAGAGUAAUAAAUUGUUGUUUAUACUCUACGAGCAGAUGACAAAAAUGAAAGAAACAAACAGUCAAUUGUUCAAGGAAAUGCAUCAAGCCAAGUUAGAUUUGGAGACUAUUAAGACUGAGUUACUGCAAAUUAAGCAAAACGUUUUGUGUGAUUACCAACCGGGCAUGUUAUCGGAUGUAAUCAAAGAAAUAAGAGAAGCUAGUAAAGUCCAGGAAGAAGCAAUGUUUUCGAAAAUGAAGCUUCUAAUAGAGAAUCAACAGUCUGAAAAAUUUGCACAAGUGGAUCAAUUAAAAAGUCAGUUGGAACAAGUGAGAAGGGAAAAUGAGGAAGACAAAGAGAGAAUCAUCAAGUUGGAAAAGGAGGUGACCGCACUGAGGCACGCCACAAAAAUGGAUCGGCCGACGAGUAUUCUGCGCGGCAAGGUGUCAAGUCAAGGCUGCAGCUGUUCCAAAGGCAAAAAUCGCCCGGCAAAAUCGAGUUCGAGGCUCGGUAGGCCCGGCAACAGUAUCAGCGACAGCAGCAGUAGCGACGACAGGUCCAACAGCAGUGGCGACGACAACGAUGACGGUGACGAAGACGACGAAGACGACGACGACGACAAGGAGGAUGAUGGCGCCGAGGCUGAACAGCACGAUAAACAGCCUAUGCUCGAACGUCACCGGGCAUUCCACGCUUCCAGCGCGGGUUCCUGCGAUAACAGCAUUAACAGCAUGGCAGCUUCUACUGCUGGCCCUGUCACUGAUCUCUAAACUAACUCCAAAGAUCCAUGAUCUGGAAUCUUUUCAUUAACUGGC